AUGCAAGAAAGAGCUGAGAAGGACCAGCUGCUGCUCUACCACGACAUUGAGAAUUGGGCAAAGAAGGAUAUACCGAAUCAUACGUUUCUAGAAUAUCAAGGACGAACAUGGACAUACAAGCAGUUCUACCAGGACCUGCAAAGAGUUGGCAAUUGGUUAAUGAACGAUUUGGGUAUACAACGUGACGAGAUGGUUGCACUCAACGGUCCAAAUAGCGCGGAAUACCUGCUGUUGUGGUUUGCCUUAGAAGGUCUCGGAGCAUGUCAGAGCUUUAUUAAUCACAAUUUGACUGGUAAUGCUUUGUCACAUUGUAUCAAGCUCUGCGAAUGCCGAUACGUACUCGCCGACCGAGAAACCGCAGAACGUAUCGAACCAUGCAGAGAAGAUCUCACCAACGCUGGCGUCAAGAUCGUCUACUACGAUGAACUCUCAAUCUCACAGGAUUGUCGAGACUCAACACCUCUCCCACGAUCACGAACUUCUGGUAUCAGUCCUCAGGACAUUCGAAGUCUAAUCUACACUUCUGGCACAACCGGUCUCCCAAAAGGCGUGAUGAUGAUGACAGGAAGAGGCAUCAACACAGCAAAGAACGUAUCCGCAUACUUGAAGAUCAAACCCGGCGACAAAUUCUACACCUGCCUACCACUCUACCACGGAGCAGCACAAGGCCUCUGCACGACACCCGUAGUCUACUCCGGAGCAGCAAUGCGCUUAGGCAAAAAAUUCUCCCAUCAAACCUUCUGGCCAGAAGUCUCCCAAAGCGGAGCAACACACCUCCAAUACGUCGGCGAACUCUGUCGCUACCUCCUCAACGCCCCCAUCCACCCGCUCGAACGAAAACACAAACUACGCAUGGCCUGGGGCAACGGCAUGCGUCCCGACGUUUGGGAAAAUUUCCGCACACGCUUCAACAUCCCCAUCAUCAACGAACUCUACGCCGCAACCGACGGUCUAGGCGCCACUUUCAAUUGGAACUGCGGAGACUUCGGCCGCAACGCCAUCGGCAUCAGGGGCGCGUUAUGGAAUUGGAAAAUGAGCCACAAAGAAGUCCGAGCUCGCAUCGACCCGGACACAGAAGAACUAAUCCGAGAUGCCAAAACCGGGUUCGUCGUGCGCUGUCGAACAAACGAACCCGGUGAAGUUCUACAUAAAGUCGACCCGACACCCGAAGCUAUGGAAGCGAGUUUCAAAGGCUACUACAAAAAUCCUUCUGCGAGUCAGAAGCGAUGGUUACGCGAUGUUUUCGAGCCCGGAGAUUUAUGGUUUCGGAGUGGAGAUGUUCAACGACAGGAUGGCGACGGGCGGGUUUUUUUCGUGGAUCGUCUCGGUGAUACUUUUCGUUGGAAAUCUGAAAAUGUUUCGACGAAUGAGGUCGCAGAUGUCCUGGGACAGUUUGAACAGAUUGCUGAGGCUAAUGUUUAUGGUGUUGCGGUUCCCAAUGCGGAUGGAAGGUGUGGGUGUGCGACGGUGGUUUUGAGAGAGGGGUUGACGCCGGAACGGUUGGAUUGUCGCGCUUUGGGGAAGUUUGUGUUGGAGAGGUUGCCGAGGUAUGCGGUUCCGUAUUUUUUGAGGGUUGCGCCGCAGUUGAGUUAUACGGGGACUUUUAAGAUUCAGAAGGGGCAGGCGAAGAGGGAAGGGGUGGAUUUGGAUUUGAUUGAGAAGAGUGGGAGUAAAGAUAGGUUGUUUUGGUUGCCGCCUGGUAGUGGUGAGUAUAGGGAGUAUGGGAGGGGAGAUUGGGAGGAUCUUAAGAGUGGGAAGGUUAAGUUAUGA